AUGGCUACAGAGGACGUCUACUGCACUUUGCUUCUGAACGACAACUACCUCCCAGGUGCUCAAGUACUAGCACACUCCCUUCGUGAUGGCGGCACUAGAAAGAAGCUGGCCGUAAUGGUCACUUUGUCAGGUGUGACACCUGCUACAGUUACAGAGCUGAAGCGUCUUUAUGAAUAUGUAAUACCUGUAGACCCUAUUUUCAACGAGACUCCAGCAAAUCUCGAUCUCAUGGAUCGUCUAGAUCUCAAUGCAGCUUUCACAAAGAUCAAUGUUUGGAAACAGACUCAAUUCAGGAAGUGCGUAUUCAUUGACGCUGAUGUCGUUGCUCUGAGAGCUCCGGAUGAGCUAUUCGACGUAGACGCCGAUUUCGCUGCUGCUCCUGAUAUCGGCUGGCCAGACUGUUUUAAUAGCGGUGUUAUGCUCCUUAAACCUGACGCUGGAACUUACUUUUCUCUCCUGCAGUUGGCCGGGCGUGGUGUUUCUUUUGAUGGUGCCGACCAGGGACUAUUCAACACAUACUUCAGAAACUUUCAUCGUCUUUCAUUCACAUACAACUGCACGCCUUCGGCAUCCUAUCAAUAUGUCCCUGCGUUCCGCCACUAUGGCUCUCAGGUCAGCCUGGCCCAUUUCAUCGGAGCGGAAAAGCCAUGGACAAUAGGAAGGUCUUCGUCGUCUCAGCAAACCGGCACACCUUACGACCAACUUUUGGGACAAUGGUGGGCAGUCUGGGACAAGCAUUUCAGGCCAGUCCUGGAAGAUGCUAAGACCGGAAGACCACAUGGAGCUGCGAAUGGAAACUAUAACCACUUCCAGCAAGUGUACUCUGCAGCGCCAUUUGUUCCUGGAGGACAGCAAGAAGAAAUAGGGAAGCAUCCAGAGAUCGCAUCUGGCCCUGGAGGUUUCCAGCAUCAGCAUCAGCAGCAGUACAGUGCUCAGCCUUUCCAACAGCAGCACCAGGAACAAGAGCAUCACCAGCAACACGGACACAAGCACCAGGAGCAGCAGCACGUCCAGAAUUUUCACCAACCACAGCAGCAGCAGCAUCAGCAGCAACAGCCCCGGCAGCAUCAGCAGCAACAGCAGCACAAGACCGAGCCUUUCCACCCGCCACAGCCACAAAGGUCCGUUGAAUCAGUAACCGCUGCUCCUAUUCCCAAGUCCACAAAGGUUGCCACUCGUGUGUGGCCUGGUGAGAGUGAUUACGAUCAGGGUUCCCUUUUCACCCAACGUAACGAUUCUAGAUAUGCCGCUGCUCCACCAAAGUCAAAGUUUGUCCCUGUUAGGUCUAUUGUUCCAUCUUCCAAAGUUCAGCGUGCGGAAGCCCCUCUGGUCAAUGCUCAACCCCAACCUCAACAGAAGCCAUUUUAUGGAGCUUUCCCAGACUCUGUCAUGACACCACAAGGACCAGUACCACAGGCACAAUACUUUGAGACUGGUCCCCAAAGCUUCUUGGUCCAGCAAUUCACAGAUGCUGGGGCACCAAUCUCUGAACGCCUACCCCACAAGUAUGAUGGACGUAUGGAAGGAUCUCAACAAGGAUCAGUUGUCUAUAGCGAACCAGCACAUAGUUGGGACCCCGCUAAGUCUGCGCCUCCAGCUCGCUCUGCACCAGAGGCUCGUCAUUUGCCUUUCAUGAACUAUAUGAAUGAAUGGGACAGGCAGCCUGAGCAACGCAGGAUUGUAUCUGCUCCAACUCCACCCCCAGUCUUUAAAGAACGUGCAGGACCACAAGUCGAGGUUAAGGCCUCGGAGGAUGACAUAAAGCCAAUAUUCCCUUGGGAGAAGAAGCCAAGGCGGACCAGCCGUGUCUUUGCUGACGAAAUCCCGGACUUGGAUGAGGAUGAGGAGGCACCGGAAGAAGAAGAAGCUGUCGAGGAGACUGUCGAGGACCACGAAGAUUGGAAGGACUACACCAGGAAGAACCAGUGGGACUCAGUCCCAGGGAUUCAGGAUUAUAUCUCUGAUUUGAAGCGUCACCGUAAAGAUUUCCAGCCAUCAGAAACGGCUCCCCGUGUUUCAACCAAGUAUGAUUCAGAUGUUGUUGUGAACGAGCGUCCACCUUUGCCAAUUACACCAGCCCCCAUCAGGAGGACUGGGCCACAUUGGUUGUCUGCUAGCGAUGAGAAGUUCCCUAGCGCCGCUGGAAUUCCAUCGCAGGAAGAUUGGGAUCCACACGCAAAGUUAGAAGAACUUAGAGGCCUUCCACCAGCUUUCAUUGCGAACAUUCUUGCAAAGGGCACCAGUACUAAUGAAACGCAAACGGAUAAUGGUAACUCAGCAGCGGUUGAUGUCAAUAGGAUCGAGGCAAAGCCAAUUGAGCGCCAAGCGGCACCUGUGGUAGCACCUACAGAACCCGAGCCGACUGUCGUUUACAGCACUACACAGGCGCAAACUGAGGCUCCCCAGAUGAGAGAUUCCGGUACACAGUGGGAGAACGAGGAUUGGGACGAAGAGACAGUAGCGCCAUCACCGUCAUCGACCCAACCGCAGACACCAACCCAGGAGAUGCCGGCUAUGACGUUGCAACCCGCUCCAGCACCUGUCGCCAAGAAGGUUGAGGCCCCAGCGCCCGUCGCCAAAAAAGUUGAGGUUCCAGUGGUAGCAAAGAAGGUCAACAACAAUAAAGUCGAAGGAAAAGCGGACGAUUAG